AUGAAAUGGAACCUGAAAUACGGAGAAAGAUAUCGAGGUGUUACUGGCGUGAAGUGGGAUGAAGAUCCUGAAUCCUCAAGUGACGAAGAAGAGGAUAUAAUCUGCUUGUAUGAUCCGAGGCCUAAGAAGCCUAUGCCGUCCAAAGAGGAAAGGGCAUGGCCGGCAUCUACCACAACAGACACAAGGACCAUUUCGAGGGUGGAGCAGCCCCCAACUGUCAUGAAACCUGUUGAUAAAGACAGCAAGCAAAUUCUUUAUCACGGCAUCAGCCACGAUGGCGAAGGCAGGGCUCUAUAUUUAAAUCAUCGUUAUAAGAAGACGCCUAUGGAGAGAUUCCAUUUUCCCAUAGUCAGCUCAUGGGAAUACGGAUGGGACUAUGGACAGAAUGAAUCAUCUUACUGCCCCAAACAUGGGUGGUUUUAA